AUGAAGCCGGAUAAUCUAUCCUUUAGCGUGCGUGCCGGGUUGUCAAGCCGGUUUGAGGGUGUAGUAACGGUGUUGACCACCACCAAGAAGGAGCUAGGCAAGGUUGAAGAGCUUCUCCCAACGUUGCAAGUGUUUGAGCAAAGGCAUGGGCUGUUUGCAGGGCAAGACAGCGGGGCCUCGGGCCCGGCAACGGCGGUGGCCUACGCGACCAAGGGUGGUAACUUUGGCGGCAAGGGCAAGGGUGGCCCGGGAAAGGCUUCCAUGGCGUGCCACAAGUGUGGUAAGUUGGGGCACUUUGCAAGAGAGUGCCGGUCCGGGCUUCAAGAGCCGGAGAAGCCCAAGUCGGGGAAGAAGUGCUACAUUUGCGGUAGCCCGGACCACUUCAAGAGGGAGUGCCCGAAGAAGGGGGAAACCGGGGGCCGGCAAGGGGUAGCCUUUGUAGCCGGGGACGGGGUGGAGACCGGAAGGUGGAUUGUUGACUCCGGGGCUAGCCAACACAUCACGGGGGUCAAAAGCUCGUUCUCAACGUUGAAGAUGCUUGAGCCGGGGACUCGGGCAAUCAAGUUCGGGAACAAGGGGUUUCUUGAGGUAGCCGGGGUUGGCACCGUGGAGUUGCGGUGUGAGACGCACUCGGGAGAGCGGGUAACCUUCUCCGUAUGCGAAGUGUCCAUGGACGGGGAGGUCAUGCUUCGGGCGGAGGAGAACGCGGAGGGCUUGUCGGUGAUUUGCCAACCAACGGCAACGUGGGAGGACACGUGCUUGCUCGUGAAGGAAGCCGAGAGCCCGGUGUUGUGGCACCGGAGGUUAGGGCACGCCGGCUAUGAGAGCUUGGCCAAGAUGGUCGAGGGCCCGGGGUUGGUCCGGGGUGUGGGUGUCAAAGCGGAGGCGUUCCGGGAGAAGAAAACCGAGGGGAAUUUCGGGAGCUUAAAGCUAGAUUCGGAGGCGGCGAGAGAAACCCUUUUAGAGGGUUGCGGGAGGAAUAUGCCACACUUAUUUCCUAUCUCACUCUUGCACUUCGAGAACGUCCCCGAUGCCAGCGCCUUCGUCAAGAUGUCCGCCUUCAUGUCCUCCGUCCGGCAGUACGCAAACCCGACCUCCUUCCGGGCCACCCUCUCCCGCGCAAAGUGA